UUACGUUGGUCAAUUUUCCCGCGUUUCGGUAGUUGAGGAAAUACUGGGGAGUUGUAGACACAAACAAGCGAUCUCAGGCUCCGACAUCCAACCACUAACCACUACACCACAAACACGCUGUUUGUGUUCGCUGGCUGUCCUGUCACCGGAAACGAGCUUCAUCGAGAAACAUUCGAGAUGCCGCCGAAGAAGCGCAGCAGCGGGACACCGCAAAAGAAAGAGACGAAGGCGAACAUAAAUAACGGAUCGCCGGAUAACAGCGACAACACAGCGCUGACCCCAGAACGACAUAAGGACAAAGAGCCUGAGUUUGUGACUCUCUGCCAGGAGCUUCAGGUCACCAAUCCUAUCUGUGAUCAUGCAUGGAGAAUUUGGGAGAAGGAGAUCAGGUCCCUGGACAAGGCACAUAUGCUGUAUUCAAACAGGCAGCUUUGGGGUGCCUGCUUGUUUAUCACAGGCAUUGAGCUGGAGAGCACCAAACUCACUUUCACAGAGUUCCAGAAGGUCAUUGGUUUGAGUGUGAUGCAGGUCAUAAGCCUUGUAAAGAAGAUGGACGUGAACGUGGACACUAUCAGCCCUAAAGUGAACACUGCUGUUACACGAUUGGAGAACAAGUACAAUGUCACUUUGGCCCUCUAUCAAAGAUUUGUGAAGACUUGUGAUAAAAUCUUUGCAGAGCCUGACAAAGCUAAGAGAAAAGAGCUUUUGGAAAACGGUUGGACCAUGUUCCUCUUGGCCAAAGGAACAUCUCUACAGAUGGAGGAUGACCUUGUGAUAUCCUUCCAGUUGCUGCUGUGUGUUCUGGAGUUCUUCAGCAAGCACUGCUCCCCUUCUCUCCUUCAGUCCCCUUACAAGUCAGCGGUUACUUCAAGUACCCUGAGUCCUCCGACCAGAACAUCCAGACGUAAUCAGGGCAAAGCCAAACCUCGUCCUCCAGAGAUGGACAUGCAGUUACUGGAGACCCUUUGCAAAGAGGGCGACUGCAACGUGGAUGAGGUGAAAAACAUGUACCAGACCACUUUCUCUGCAUUCCUGGAUUCUGCGGGUUUGUCAGGACUCCAAGGGCUUCCUCCGAUGGAAACACUUUCCAAGCAAUAUGAAGAAUUGUACCACAAGAACAAAGACUUUGAUGCCAGGUUGUUUUUAGUUGAUGAUGAAACAGUUUCCCCCAACAAAACUGAAACGACAAAGGUGGAAAUGACUCCGAGAAAGAAUCAGUGUGGAGAGGACGUCACCCUUCCUGUUCCUCAGACACCGAUCAGAGCUGCCAUGAAUUCCAUACAGCAACUCAGGGUUGAACUCACCUCUGCUAGUGACCAGCCCUCACACAAUCUCCAAGUUUAUUUCAAGAACUGCACUGUUGACCCCUCAGAAGAGAUCACUAAGAGGGUUGAUGAGUUGGGUCAGGUCUUCAGCCAGAAGUUUGCUCAGGCUGUGGGCCAGCGCUGUGAGGGGCUGGGCAGAAAGCGGUUUAAUCUUGGUGCUCAGCUCUACUACAAAGUAAUGGAGUCCAUGCUUAAAUCGGAGGAGAAAAGACUUUCUGUGCAGAACUUCAGUAAACUUCUCAACAAUGCAACAUUUCAUACCUCGCUGCUCGCAUGUGCCUUGGAAGUUGUUAUGGCGACCUAUGUCGGGAACUCCCUAAAGAAUGGGGGUUUCGGGCGGGGCUCGGGGGCCGGCGAUUCAGUAGAAACGGAUCUGUGCUUCCCCUGGAUCUUGGGCGUCUUCCAGCUGCACGCUUUUGACUUCUACAAGGUGAUCGAGAGCUUCAUUAAAGCCGAGCCCACUCUCAAACACGACAUGAUGAAGCACCUGGAGCAUUGCGAACACGUCAUCAUGGAGAAUCUUGCAUGGAGAGUAGACUCUCCACUCUUUGACCUUCUUAAACAAUCUUGUGAGGAAGGAGCCGGUGAACAGGCAGAUCCCCCAGCAACACUAAACCAGCCCCUGCACCACAACCACACAGCAGCUGACCUCUAUCUCUCCCCUGUGCGGCCAAGUCGCGAGCCCCCAGCGGCAGAGGCUGAGCCCCCCACGCCAGGCACCAGACAACCCCACUCAAACUCGCUCAGUCUUUUCUACAAAAAAUUGUACAGGAUGGCCUACCUGCGACUCAAGAUGCUGUUCUCACAGCUGCUGACAUCACAUCCUGAACUGGAGCCGAUAAUAUGGACGUUGCUUCAGCAUACCCUCCAAAACGAGUAUGAACUAAUGCGAGACAGACACUUAGACCAGUUGAUUAUGUCGGCCAUGUAUGCCAUAUGCAAGGUGAAAAAUGUGGAUUUGCGCUUCAAAACUAUCGUGACCGCUUACAAAGAGCUGCCCAAUACUAAUCAAGAGACAUUUAAGCGUGUGUUGAUUAGAGAAGGUCAGUAUGACUCCAUCAUCGUCUUCUACAACCUGGUCUUCAUGCAGAAGCUGAAGACCAACAUUCUUCAGUAUUCAUCUCCUCGGCCACCCCCUUUGUCUCCAAUUCCCCAUAUCCCCUGCAGUCCCUACAAAAACUCUCCUCUGCGGGUGCCGGGUAGCAACAACGUCUACGUAUCCCCCUUGAAAAGCAGCCGUAUGUCCCCUGUGGUCAUGACCCCACGGAGCAGAAUUCUCAUAUCGAUUGGCGAGUCCUUUGGGUCAUCAGACAAAUUUCAAAAGAUUAAUCAGAUGGUGAGCAGCACCGAUUGGUCCCUCAAGAGGAGUCUUGAUGGAGGCUCCGCCCCCAAACCCCUGAAGAGAUUACGCUUCGACACAGAUGGACAAGAUGAAGCUGAUGGAAGCAAAUCAAGCAGCGAGUCUGCGCUCAUCCAGAAGCUAGCUGAAAUGAGCUCCACUCGGACACGUAUUCAAGAGCAGAAAUUAAAGGAGGAGUCUGUAAAAGAGCAUCCAGAACCCUGAAUGAAUCGGUCACGCUGUGCUCGAUUAAAGCCGCCCCAGCAUGAAUCGAUCUCCAGGAGUUUUGUUAUUAGAUUCACUUGUUUUAGUUUUCAGGCGGUGCUCCUAAAAUAGCAUGUGUCUUUCAUUUUAAACGUUUGAGGAACCAUGAAGGAGAUUUUAUUCUUUAUUUGCUACUAUAACAUUGUGGGGGUUUUCUUUCAAUGUAUCUGAACAGUAUAAAAACUGGUGGUAUAGUUUCAUAAUUUAUUGUUUUGUUUUUUACAUUUAUAUUUUGUCCUUGAAUUUUUCAAGUCGCUUAUUUUAUUUUGAUUUUUUUGUGCAGUACUGGAAAUGUGGUUUGUGAGGAUGAUAUUUGACAACAGUGUUUUAUUUGGUUAUAAUCAUGUAUUGGGUAUGGUAAUGUAUUUUGCAGAUUAGAUUCUACUUGUUGCCUUUUUAAUAUUUUUUUUUUUGGAAACAAUUUUGCUUUAAAGAAUAUAAUAGAUAUCAUUUUGAAAAUGUGUUGUUAUAAAAAUGUAUUGCAGUUGAAGCAUUUUAUUGGGGUGAUGUUUUGGAAUGAUUGGUGUGUGUUUGUGUGCAUAUGCAUUUGUUUGUUAACAUGUGGCCAUCUUGUCUUUAAUUGACCUUGCUGCACAAGGUUGUUUUCCUUUUUUAUUGAAUUUUAGGAUUUUUGAAGAUUGUGUUUUGCGCUCUUGUUUUUGUCUAAAAAAAUUAUGUUGUACUUCAAAUGUUCUUUUCAAGAUAAUGUAAUGCCUCAAGUUUAACAACUGACCUGUUUGUUAACGGAAACCCAAACGUGUCCUGUUGUUAAUGCAGGAUCAUGACCUCUUAGCUUUUGUUGCCACACAUUUACAUUUGUUGUCAUUAGGCGUGUUAUACUAUUACAAUUUGGCAUGUUGUUUACCAUGUUUGGCAGUUGGUUCUCUUAUUAAUGGAAUGCUGUAUGCCAUGUAAUGACAAACAUCAUUUUGAUAUGUAAAAAUAAUAAAAUAGAUUAUUUGACAUGUUUUUGAGGAGCAGUGAAAUAAAUGUUCAUAAUUUUUAC